UUUUUUUUUCGAAUUCUUUUUUUAUAUUUUACUUGUGAAUCAUUGAACAUGUCUGCUGCUAAUAAACUUAAGAGUAUUGUUCCUCUUCUUGAUCGUGUUUUAGUUCAACGUAUCAAGUCUCAACAGAAAACUUCUGCUGGUAUUCUCAUUCCCGAAAAGUCACAAGAAGUCUUGAAUGAAGGUUAUGUUGUUGCAGUUGGUAAGGGAGCUCUUAACAAGGAAGGUAAGCAUAUUCCUCUUCAAGUCAAUGCUGGUGAUAAAGUGAUCCUUCCUCCUUAUGGUGGCAGUGCCGUCAAGGUUCAAGGCGAAGAAUAUCUCUUGUUCCGUGAUUCUGAAAUCCUUGCCAAAGUUGUAGAAUAAAUUAGUGUACAUUAAAAAUAUUCACCAUAUUACGACUCCCAUACACACAUAUAUCUUAUACACACAUUUAAAAAAAAAAAGUCAAAUAUAAUAUAAUGAAAUAAAAUCAUACAAAUUAAUCGUAAUAAAAUG